AUGGUUUCCGCACAGCGGCCUCCAGAGUACGGCAUUCGCGAGGUCUGGGCAGACAACCUCGAGACCGAGCUCCAGCACCUCCGCCAUGCCGUCGACCAGUACCCCUACAUCUCCAUGGACACCGAGUUCCCAGGCAUCGUCGCGCGUCCAAUCGGGAGCUUCAAGACCGGCUCGGACUACCACUACCAGACGAUGCGAUGCAACGUCGACAUGCUCAAGAUCAUCCAGCUCGGCGUGACGCUCAGCGACGAGAGCGGCCACUCACCGGAGGGCUACACAUGGCAGUUCAACUUCCAGUUUAACCUCACGGACGACAUGUACGCGCCCGAGAGUAUCGAGCUGCUCAAGAACUCUGGCAUCGACUUUAAGCGCAACGAGGAGGACGGCAUCGACGUCGAGUACUUUGGCGAGCUGCUCGUGACCUCUGGGCUCGUACUCUUCCCCACCAUCAAAUGGGUGUCCUUUCACUCCGGGUACGACUUUGGCUACCUCCUCCGCAUCCUCACGUGCGAGCCUUUGCCAGCGACCGAGCAGGACUUCUUCGACCUCCUGUUUGUGUGGUUCCCCUGCAUCUACGACAUCAAGCACAUCGUGCGGUCUGUCAGGAUGCUCCGCGGUGGACUGCAGGAGAUCGCCGAGAGCAUCGGCGUCCAGCGGAUAGGACCACAGCACCAGGCUGGCUCCGACUCGCUCCUCACCGCCAACGUGUUCUUCAGGAUACGGGGCAACUACUUCAACAACGUGCUUGACGACUCGUACUACAAGAACUAUCUGUACGGCUUCAGCACUGGCCGCACGCAGCCACCAGGCGAGACACAAAAGCCACCGUCGCCAACGCCGCAGGCCCAGCUCCUUAGCGGCGAGAAGCCCUACUAA